AUGGCGUCUAAAACAAUAAAAUUCAAUGCCGGUAAGGUGGAAUAUGAUGAAGAAACAAAGCGCUGCACUCCAUUACCACACAAGGGAGUCAUCUCACUCAAGCCAAAUGCAGAUGAUGAAGAUUUCUUUGACUUUACAUGGUCGCCAAAGUCAAGUAGCUCAGGAAACAUCGAGAAGGAUGAAUUGCUAGUCAUACCAGGAGAUGUUAGUUUCAAACAGAUGACAUCGUGUAAAACAGGACGAGUAGUUGCAUUGACAUUUUUGAGUUCAGGAGGAAAGAAUUUGUAUUGGUUACAAGACGUCGGGGACGACGAAGAAUUAAGCAAAUUGACCCCUAAGGACAAAAGCAUAUUGGAUAAGGUGAACGAAUUGAUUUCUCCAAGUGGUGAAGAAGAAGAAACCGAAGCUAAAGAAGAAACCGAAGAGUAA